UUCUCUUGAACUUUUUUUCUCGAUGAGGCAUGUGCAGACAAUUCACCGUCGGUAUUCAUUUAUACUUUGCAUGAUCAACGCGAUAAGCGAAGUGCCGAUUCGCUUCGUUCGUUCUUGUUGCGUGACGUGAAUCAGCAAAUGUAUCUAUGAUGCGUCAUUAUAAGUUCAAAACACAAACGAGCAAGGAUUGCUGAAGUAUAAGUUGUGUUCUGCAGUUCUGGCGCUGAUUAAUCUUCCUUCUAUCCGUCGAUCGACACAAGACAAAGCAUUAAAAACAUAGUUUUAGGGCGUCAUAUAUUCCUCAGUGGAGUAGACAAUAUGGCAUCUAUGUACAAAUACUCCUGUUCGAUAUAUGGCCAUAAUUCUGAUGUUAGGGGGGUUCAGCCUUCCCCGUUCUCAUCGUUGGGAAUUUUAUCAGGAUCACGGGACUUCACCGCCAGGCUCUGGGAGCAAGACAGCGAUGGAAAAGGAUAUCAUCAAGCUCAAGCAUUCGAAGAUCACACAAAUUUUGUAUCAUGCAUUGCUGCUGUAGCACCAUCGGAAGAUCAUCUUGAAGGACUUAUAUUCACAGGAUCAAGUGAUAAGAUUAUCAGGGCCUUUCGUCCAUCAUCAACUAAGGCAGUAUUUGAGAUGAAGGGCCACACAGAUAAUGUGUGCACACUCUCUGUUGGUAAAUUCCACAUGCUCAUCAGUGGAUCUUGGGAUAAGACAGCUCGUGUUUGGGUUUAUAAAAAAGAUGAAAGUGGGAAUAUUGAUGGAAACAAUGUAUUAACAUUGCAAGGUCACACUGCAUCAGUUUGGGCUGCUCUCUUAUUGCAGCAAGGUGUUAUGGUUACAGGCUCAGCCGACAAAACUAUUAAAUUGUGGAAAGCAGGAAAAUGUGUUCAUACAUUUACAGGCCAUGAGGACUGCGUUCGAGGACUGGCAAUGGUAUCAGCUUGCCAGUUUUUAUCCUGUGCAAAUGAUGCCACGGUGAGAAGAUGGACAACUACAGGGGAGUGUUUACAAGUGUACUAUGGUCAUACAAGCUUCAUUUACUCAAUUGCUAUGUUGCCUGGAGGGAAUGAAUUUGUCACUGGUGGGGAAGAUCGUUCUGUAAGAGUGUGGAAUUUAGAGAAAAAAGACGCAAUCCAAAGUAUACCAUUACCUGCACAGAGUGCUUGGGAUAUCACUGUACUUGGGAAUGAGGAUCUUGUGAUAGCUCUAAGUGAUAGUACCAUGAGAGUAUUUAGCAGACUUGAAUCUCGAAUCGCAUCUGAAGCAAAUACUGCUGCUUAUGAAAUUGAACUGUCUGAAAGCUUGAAAAAAUCUGAUGACGGAAUCAGUGAUAUUGACGAGAAAAAUAUUAAAGAUAUAUCAGCUCUUCAAAUCCCAGGUACUAAAGAUGGUCAAGUUAUCAUGGUUAGAAAUAAUGACAAAGUGGAAGCUCAUCAAUGGAAUCAAUCUUCCGCUCAGUGGACAAAAGUUGGAGAUGUUGUCAGUGCAAAGAACACUAAGAAAACAUAUAAUGGCAGAGAAUAUGAUUUUGUGUUUGACGUCGAUAUACAGGAAGGUGCCCCUACUCUAAAACUGCCUUACAAUCUUGAUGAAGAUCCAUGGUUUGCUGCUCAACAAUUUAUAGAUGAUAAUGAACUGAGUCAAGAUUUUCUCGAUCAAGUUUGCACCUUUAUUAUGGAUAAUACGAAGGAGGCAAGGAGUAAAAGUGGAAAAGAACCAAGUGCACCUGCAGCCUAUGAUCCGUUCACAGGUGGUACAAGAUAUGUGCCUGGUGAUACAGAGUCUAAUGUAGUUGGAGGACAGGAUCCAUAUACUGGCAGUGGUCGAUAUGUUGCAGAAAAUUCAAAUUCCUCUGCAAUGAAUGGCACUGGUGAAGACCCAUUCACAGGAGGUGGUAGAUAUGUACCGGAAAGUGGAGAAAGUGAUGUGAAAUUAGGGGGUGGUGCAGCAGCAGACCCUAUGAUCAAUCCUAACAGGUAUAUACCGGGAGAUGAAGAAAUGGAUACUUCAGAUAAUGUUGUCGUUAAUUUCAAACCUCGACAAAUUGAAACAGUGAAGGAAUAUUUUCCAAAAGAAGGAUUCAUUACUUUUGACAAUGCAAAUAUAGAUGCAAUAUUAGGGAAACUGAAAUCAUUUUCUGAAAAAUGUGGAGAAUUGUUAGAAGCUGAUCUGGAAUGUUUGAAAUCGCUCACUUUGCCUGAUUAUAAAUUGGAACCAUCAAAUUUAAAUGUGCUUUGGAAAGUAUUGAGCUGGCCCGCAGAAAAUAUGUUUCCCGCGUUGGAUAUUUUACGCUUGACAUGUUUGCGACAAGAGGAGUCUUGUCGGAUAUUGUGCACUGGAGCAAAUGAUGAAGACGUCCGACCUCAGAAACUUUUGGAAAUGUUGUGCCUUCUCAUCUCAGCCACUGGAAAUGAAAAACACGUCAAUGCAAACAGGCUUCUAAGUCUUCGAACAUUAUGCAAUUUAUUUGAAUCACCUGAUGGUUCAGCAUUCCUAACAGCUGGUUAUAAAGACAUUUUCCAAGCUCUGUCUGCAGGAUUUACUAGCGGCCUUGAUGAAAAUAAGGCACCUUUCUAUGGGAAUAAAAAUGUCCAAAUUGCUGCUGCUACAUUACUUCUAAACUUCGCCGUGUUGGUGUCAAAUAGUUCAACAAAAAAUAAAAUACUUUCACCGAUUGUGGAGAAAUUGUGCGCUGCAGUACGAUCAUCAUGUGUCGAGAUUGCUAUUGUUCAUCUGGUUGCUGGGGAACAUACUUCGGAUCCUGAAGCUAUUUUCAGAUAUUUAGUUUGCUUGGGAACCCUACUAACUGGAGAUGAUAGAUUUAUAAAAGACGCUAAUGAUCUCGGUGCAGAAAAAGUUGUUGAAACUACUGGGGCCUUGUAUUCAUCGGUUCCAAAGAUUUAUGAAUGUACAAAAUCACUAUCAGCGUUGCUAUUCGUGGAUUAACAAAUUAAUUAGAAGGUUCAUGCAUUUGUAAAAGAGUGAAUCAGUGUGAGAACUGGUCGAGAAGAUUUUCCCAAACUGCAAACAAUUCUUUGUGAGCCAGAAAUAAAGUGUGUCAUGCAUGACUCAAAAAGUUGAAAGAGAAAAAUAUUCAUUAUUUAUAGAUAUAAAGUGAGGAUAUAUUAGAUUGAUUUGCAAUUGAAAAUCUCUUGUAGCGUUCUAGGGAAUUAUAUUUUCAAAUUGAGGUAUUCUAACAUUUUUGUUUUUCGAAUAUCAAAACCGGUUAUUUCUUACAUUAAAUAUUCUGCAGUUAUUAAAUUUUGAUUGUAACUGAAUAUUUGUUACGUUUAGACACACCUUUUGUUGAUACUAAUUUUACAAAAUCAGUAUAAAAUUUAGCAAAUGUUUUAAUUGUACCAAUUCUAUUUGGUGGCACAUUUGCAUGUUCCAUGAUUUAGUUCAAAUAAAUAUUUUUGUUCACUGUU